AUGUCCAGGGUUCAAGUGUACGUCUCCUAUAUAACUGGAUCGAGACAGAUCAAGUCUCGACAGUCGGAGGUGGAGAGGGUGCUGGACGUGAAGAAGAUCAGGUACGAUUGUGUGGAUAUCUCAGCCAGUGAGACGCUGCUGGAAGAAAUGAGAACCAGGACGGGCAACCCCAAAGCUCUCCCUCCACAAAUCUUCAAUGAUGACGUGUACUGUGGGGAUUACCAGAACUUCCAGGACGCUGUGGAGAACGAGGAGCUCAAUCAGUUUCUAAGGCAGAAAGAGAUGAGGAACCUCAACGAGGCUCAGAUGAAGCACAUCGACGUGAAUUAGACCUGCUGAACAACAAUCCCGGCGCCAACACCCCAAACA